AUGCCAAUCAUGUCUUCAGUCAGGAAUGUUCCCUAUGGGGCUGAUGCACAUACUGAGACCAUUGUAAAAAUCAUUGGGAGCAAGUACGUCCGGUGCAUGGUGGAAAAACCAAAAAUCAAGGCAAAGGAGGGCACGAAAGUGGAAACUCAGUCUGCACUCCGGAAAUUGCCUAGUUGUAAUACAAGACAGACACAUGGAAAUCCUCCAGGUCUCAAUAACCCUCUUUGUCAACAAAUCAGUUAUGACCUAGAUUAUGAAAGACGGAGCACAGACAAACAGGAAGAACACGAGUCUAAACAAGCGCAAACAAGCAACAGCAGAUUUUUGGAUGGCAAAGUUUUAAAACCACCAAAUAUUCAUUGUGUGUCUGUCCCAUCGGGAGAUCAGUCUUUGUCCUACAUUCAUGCCCUCCAAAAGCCAUCUCUUAGAGCUUGGUCUUUAAGACAACAUGUAGGACAUCACCAGCAUACUAUAUGCCAAGGGCCAAUGGAGUCACCCGAGGAAGAGGAUUCUCUCUUGGCUCUCGUCAGAAAUGAGCUCAGUCUGGGUCCUGUUAGGUUAGCCGGGUUAGAAAAGCUGCAGAGAGAGCUUAAGACUCUGGAUCCCAUCUCCGGAUUUCUUCCUCAGUCGCAGCUGAGCUCCUUCCUUCUGAAGCAUGAAGUCUCUCUACAAUUACCAACUGUCAAGCUCCUCUUUGAGAGGUUUUCUGAGUCAAAUGACUCUGAAUUGGUAAAUUCUGAAAAGCUGAUUCAGUUUCUAAGACUAGCUGCAGCAUUUGAAAUGCAGAAUAUCAAGACAUGUGAUCUGGGUCUUCAAGCAAAGAGUGUAACUUUAAAGGAUCAUAGCAAAAGUGCUCUGGCUCCCAAAGACCCAUUGCAGAUCUUGAAGCAAAUAUUGAAGGAAUAUAAGGGGGAACUAGACAUGGAGAAACUGAUCCUGAGUUUUCAAAAAGAAGAUAAGUCUUUCUCUGGCCACCUCUCUCUAUAUGAGAUUGAGACCAUUUGCCAGAAGCAUAGACUAACUCCUUUAUUGCUGGAAGCUUUGCUCAACAACCACAAUUUGUGCAAACAAGGCAAAAUACAGUGGAAGAAAUUUGUGGAGUUGCUCAAGAAAGCUCAUUCUGAUGCGAUUCGAAAUUUGCCUGUUCCUUUGGGGGAAUUCAAAGAGGAAAUCAGCGAUGAUGUGGCUGCCCGUCUGGAAAACACCAAAGAGCAUGAAAUUCUUGCUUACAAGACUUGGUCUCGAAACUAUCCUGCCACUGAAGGAAAAGAAAGACCAGUGAUCCAGUCUUUCUUCAGUCCGACUGACUCCAGUGACUCUGAAGAGCAGGAGGCCUGGAUAGACCGGUUCAGAAAACUAGAAAGAGCUCUUUAUUUGUGUGAUAUAAAAAACACAGGCAUGCUGGAAAAGGAAAAAGCAAAGCGUCUAAUCCACAACUACAACCUCAUCUAUGAUCUAUCUCUGAGUCCUCUGAAAAUUGAUCAAGCUUUCCGAAACUUCCGCUCCGGAGAAAACAUGCCAUUGCAGCCGGUGCUGCAGUAUUUAAAAGAGUUGUAACAAAUACUUACUGUACCAUUCUCAUGAGUUCCGUUUUUCACCCAAUGACAAAUUUCUCACAGACUGAACAUUGGUGAUGUGCUAAUUACUACAUCAUGUUAAUAACUCUCCAUACUCUAGAAAAGAGGAAGCAAAAACAGAAACAGCUGCAUCUUAUACCUGAGUGAAAUGUUAAUAAAGUUGCUGGGUUUGAAAUAAAACUAAAUGGCCAUGUAGAGUCAGAGCUCUGUCUCUGAUACUUAGAGAUGAGCUCAAGCUUCAGAAUUCAGAGACUGAUGUAGUUCUGGACUUCUAACCCCAAAGCCUGAGAAUAUCUGGAUUGGAAUUCUGGAUCCACUCAUUAUAAAGAUAGCAAUAUUUGGAUGAAGGGCUACAUCUGGAUUUUGAACACUGUUGAUUAUGGUGAUAAAAUUGAUAGAUGAUUUCAGUGAGAUUUUAAAUCAAGAAAAUGGGAAAGUUGUCACUCUUAAGAACAUCCACCAGUUUGAAAGAUUCUACUGGUUCUAAAGGAAUUCUCUAUCUUCAUAACUGAGAACGCUCUCUAGAACUGAUAGACUCUUUCAAACCAGUGAGACUUUUUAAGCACAUCCACCGUGGGUCAUUCAAGCAGGGCUAUAAACUAUAGUCUUCAUAUAUUAGCAUUGCAGAAAAUAGCCCAAAACUGACCCUGAAGACUCACCUAAGUGCUUUAAUGAUUUUAUUGUCCUUAGCUUCCUCUUCUGCAACCCCAACCCCUCUCCCUAAUGAUGUCUCCUGUUCUUGUCUUUACUCUAGGGACAAAUUCCGAAAACCUUACUUAGCAUGGGCCUCAAUUCAGGAAAACCUUUAAGUACAUGGUGUAAACUUUAAGCACAUGCUUAAGUCCCAUUCACUUUAAUGGGACUUAAACACAUGCUGAAAGUUAAGCAUGUGUUUAAGCGCCCAUACCAAAGAGGGAUGUUUUACAGGGUCAGGGCAGCACAUAUUCCACGAACAGUCACCGAAGUGAGUGGGAUACUGUGCUUUUGGGAGUAUGCAUUAGACUUGGUAGUGAGCGGCUGCAGCAUCAUGCCCAUAGAUUGUAAACUCUUUGGGGUGGGGAAUCUGCAGAGCAUCUUACACAUCAAUGGUGCUAAAUAGAUAGUCAUAAUAACAGGUUGCAUAGCUGCUGUUCUGCUUAAUUCAUAACAUGGUGGUGAAGUGUGUGAUGUUUCCUAGGGCAGGAGCUAACAGUAACAUUCUUUAUCUGCAUAAAGUUUAAUGUGUGUCAUUAUUAGGGUGUGACAUUUACAUUUAAGAUUAAAUGGUGGGAUUUUCAAAUAAGUUUAGGGGAGUUAGGUGCCCAACUCUCAUUCAAUUCCAGUGGGAUUUGGAACAUCUUAGCCUAAAAGCUUGUGGGUCAGAACUGAAAGAAAUGAAGUUACUAAUAUUGAAAUUACUUGGGAUGCACAAUAUAUCGUAGAGUCUGGUAUUCAGUGUUAUAAAGCCGUGUUAGACCCUGAAUUUACAACUGUAACUCUAUCUUCCCUGCUUUAAAACGCAGAUGUUCUUGUCCCAUGGGGAGUACCUCUAGUUCGUAUG